UUAAUGUCAAUUAUAUUUUAAUAAGAGCGUGGACAUAUCCAAGGUCUUGAAAACAUUCUAAGAAAUAUUACAGAAGUGCUGGACAACAACAUUUAAACUUUUGAUAAAAAGUUAGUAUUUAUGUCGAAAUAGGAGUCGUGUUGUCUCAAAACUAUGCCGAAUGUAUUUGUUCUGUUUAUUUGUACAUAAAAAAACUACCAAGAACAUAACAUUCUUAAAUGUAUAUUUAUUAUUAUUUCAAAUUUAUUGUUAUUUUUAAGUCAAAUUUAUGACACAUAAUUCCAUUAAGCUAUAUGCAUACUAGUAUUGCUUCAUCAGUUUGGACAUUAUGUAUGCCUGUAGAAGGAUGUGAAGAUACUUUUCCGUCACCAAUGACAUCACCAUGGGGAGCACUCCUUCGAGACAGAACGCUUCAUUGGAAUUAAAUACCUCCAGAGGACUUAGUCGCAUAGCAUUUAAAGAAUCUCGAUAUUCGAAAGAACAGAACGACCCUGAAGCACAUACGGAAUGGAAGAAUAACACAGUGAUUUCAACGGAAUGUCUCUCCGUAGACGGCCCCGACAAAGCUGUCCACAUCACCGUUGAUCGCGGUUCGGUGGUCCGUAUUGGACUCACAACCGCGGAUCCGACGAGAGACGAAAACUUUCUGCAGAUGAAGAUCUUCGAAACAGAGGAGGGCACCGGCAACUUACCUGAGACUUACCACUUGUACACAAAUCAAGACUUUCACUUGCUGUAUUUUCAAAAAAGCGAUGAUAAUGUGAUUGAAUACGAAUGCGUCUCGGAAACUGUGAACACAUGGUUGUACGUCAUCACCGUAUACGGAUUGCCGAACGCAUCUGUGUAUCAAGGUUUGCUCGAAGCAGGAGUUGAAAGCAUAAACAUGCAAAGACUUAAGAGCACUGAACAAGCACUGCUGCUAGAUACUUGUGAAGCCAGACAUCCAAUAAGGAUUGGCACUAAAUACCACAUCCGCUGGAAAAUGGGGUUAGAACACGAAAGGUUUGCUGGAAAGAUUCCUGAAUACGGUGUAAUGAGACUCUGCGUUGUGCAUUCAUCCGGAGCGACAAUAUGGGACAGGACAAGUGCCGUCUUCGACAGAUGCUUCAACGGUGUUAUAGCAAUAAAGUUCGAUUUGGCAGGCUCUGUGAAACACAACCUUCUUGUAAGGUCCAAUUGUUCAAAGCUUACAGAGGCCGUAAGUUAUCCGAAAGACGGCACUAUGCAUUUACAUGUAGCAUUCAGCAGCGGCCAGAUCGAAAUAUACCCAAUGGCAGGAGGGGCAUAUAUCAAACAAAGCCAUGGUUCACUGAUAUACAUGGAACUGAGAGUGGUACCACAAGAUGAAGUUUUCCUUAAACACAGCAUUUCAGCGCAAACAGAAGCCGACAUUAUAGAAAUUGUGUUUGGCCCACAUCCAUUGAAAUGUGUCGUGGAAUUUCGAUCUUUCAUAAGCACUUUUUAUUUAGAGGCUUUGAAAGUUUCCCUUUGCGCGAGAGCCAAGCGUAUACGUGAAACCAAUCAAGUUCAGGUGUUUACUACAAGUGUACUGACAAGUGAUGACUUAAACGACUACUUCACCCGAGAGCAGGUUGGAGGUGGCAGAUGCAGGAUUGAACCGCCGCUUAAGAAUGAGGAAGACAACUCAGUGAUUUGGGUUGUUAGUUUUACGGAUUUUAAUGUUGCCAGAGGAAUAUGGCUUCGCAGAACCCAUUUGAUCAACACAACAGAAGCGCGUGUGUUGCCAUAUUAUAAAAAGUUAGGUAUUGCGGCAAAAUCUCCCGAGGGCUGUUACGGACGAUUACCGGUCGUAAAGGACGAAUAUGUCACAGUUGUCAUCGAUGACUUGGAUAAAUUCAAAUUUGUAAGUAGUAACGACCAACGAAAACAUCUCGAAGAACACUUAAACAAAGAAUACAGAGUCACACUCUCAUGGCCAGAAGAAAUUGAGUUUCCAAGUGAGAAGAAAAAGUGCUCGAUGCUGUAG